CGCGUAUUGGUCGUCACCGAUUGGUUGGUCCGAUCUCUUCCGUCAUCAACAUCCCGCGUCCGCCAUGGUGCAGAGCAGCAGCAGCAAGAAGAAGAAGUCGAGCAAGCCAAAGAGCUCGAAGCGCAAGCCCGUGAACCUCCAGCCGACAUACCAGAAAAUGUCGCUCGGAGAUUUUCACCUGCACAGCACGUGCAGCGACGGCAAGUUUCGCCCCGCCGAGGUGAUUGCCAAGGCCGCGGCCAACGGCGUCCAGUACAUGUCCUUGACGGACCACGACACGAUGGCCGGCGUCGACGAGGCGUUGGCGACGGCGCGCGACCUCGGCGUCUUCGUGAUGCCCGGCGUCGAGAUCAGCGCCGAAGAGAAGGGCGCUGAAAACAUGCACAUCCUCGGGUACUUUUGCCCGGGUACCGAGAGCGCAGAGCUCGAGGCGCAACUCCUCCUGAUCCGCCAAGCGCGCCACAAGCGCGGCCAAGAAAUGCUCCGCAAACUCGCGGCGAUGGGGAUCCACUUGGACUGGAAUCGCGUCCUUGAAAUUGCAGGCGAGGCCGCGCCGGGCCGCCCUCACGUGGCCGAGGCUCUCGUCGAGGCGGGGCACGUGGCGCACUUCCGCGAAGCCUUUUCGCGCUACCUGGGCAACGACGGGCCCGCGUACGCCGAGGGCGAGCAUUUCCCGCCCGAAGCUGCGAUCAAGAUGAUUGCCGAAGCCGGUGGCAUCUCCGUGCUGGCCCACCCGUGGUGCUGCAAAAACCCGCUGCUCGUCGUGCCCAAGCUGGCCGCGGCAGGCAUCAACGGCGUCGAGGUGUACCACGACGUGACCAAGAUUGACCUCUACGGCUCGCUCGCCACCGAGUCCAAGCUGCUCAAGCUUGGCGGCUCGGACUUUCAUGGCAUUGACCCUCACACGGAGCACGCGCCGGGCGACAUUCCGCUGCCGCGCAAGCACCUCGACAAGUUCUUAGCUGCUGCCAAGGACAUGUGGGCCGAGCCGCUGCGCAAGAAGGUCGCGGGCCUCUGCGCAGGUUUAGGUGGCGAGUCGUCGACGCUCGUGACGUGGAGCGAGCUCCUCCCCGUCGUCGAGGCCACCGUGGCCACGUACCCGGCGGUGCAGCUCUCUGCAACGACCGAGAAACACUACAGCACGAUCGUCUUGACGGCGGCAUAGAUGUUCGAGUUAGCUAAAGAGAACGCGAUUGAUAGACGUAAGCGGGAUGUCGGUAAAGGCCGGCGUGUUGACCGAGCGCUGCGCCUGGAUGUCUUCGUCGGCCAUCGUGACCGUGUACUUGUCUGUUGACACCAUGAGUUUCCAUAGUCAGUCGUAGCAUGUAAGACUACCGCG